AUGGCGGGAGACAAGUUGAAAGAGGACGACGACGACAGUAGGGAGAGGCAGGUGCUGCGAUAUGUUGACGGCAGCAUGGACGGCAACAUGCGUGUAUGGGAGACUGAGGGGAGUGGGAGGGGUUUUUCACCCUAUCAAAGCAUCACCAGGCUGUGUGAGAACUUUUCGGAGAGGAGGGAGAAGGAAGUUUCCCGUCUUGUCUCCAGAGCGUACGAUGUCUUGUUGUUCGGGCCAGUGGGCGACCAUGUGAGUGCGUCCUAUGUUGAAGAGAACGUGGAGAUGUUGGGAUACUCCCAUCGCCAACAUGGGGACACGGACAGAGAAAAUGCGCUGAAAAUGAUUCUCGAGAAGCUGAAGUGUAACGUCGCGUCUCUGAACGGAGAUGAGUCCGUUUGGAAUGUUGCCAUGGUCCUGCUGAUGCUCCGCAAUACCGACCACGCUUCAAACAUGCCGGCGCAACAGAUGCGCAAGGAACAAGAUCUUGCUGUCAUACCUGCGUUAGAAUGCUCCGAGUUCUCUAUGAUUCAUCCGCAAACUUUUGAUUCGGACAGCAAGCUUUUCAGUCACCAUUUUCAACAAUACUUCUCUUUCGAUGAAGUCGCACAACAGCGAUCACCAAAUUUUGAGGUCCAUGAUGUUGAUUGUUACAAGGAUUUUCCUUCCUUAGAUGCAAGCGAGCCGUUCUCCUAUGACAUCCUCCUCCGCGUUAUGACAUCGCGCUCUCGCCCAUACCUCGAUGUCGAUGUUUCGACCUCUCAAAAACUGAAGGCUCUCCAGACAAGCAUUCUGAUCACCGGUGAUACGCACGUUCAUCAACCCUCCUACAAUAAGAAUGGUAUUGAAGGCUUGAAUUCCGAUUUCAGUGAACAGAAAAACUGCUACUGGGAGGAUAUGGUACGGAAUGCAAAGUGGGGACAGCAAAACCCAGCAACUCAGUUGCCAAUCAAAGAAUAUGAAUCGUUGUGCCGCUAUCAUCUUCCUGAUGGAAGUGAUCAGUUUGCAUCCGAAGAUAUGAUAGAUGAUAAGCAAGUCUUGCGAGAUCUGAAGUAUCUUGCCUUUGGAUUUGCCAGUGCAGUUUUCAAAGGAGACAAGGAGAGUUGUACUUUCUGCUUGAGGAAACCUUGUCGGUUGAAAGGAAGGUCAGUGACUCAGACUACAUCUCUGCUGGGUGAGAUGUGCGAUGCGGGAGCACACGUCGUCAUGAUCGAACAGUUCAUUUCGAGACACCUUUCAACUAACGAGAAGGUUGUCAAUUCCUUCUGCGGUGUUCUCUCGGAAUAUUUGCGAUUCUACAGAGAAAAGAUGAUAAACUUGAGCGCAGCUAUCCGGAGGCGUAGGGUGAGGAGCAAGAAAUCCAGGGUGGAGCUCGAUGCUUUGGGGAACCAGAUAGUUGGAAACGAAGAUUUUAAGGAAAAUAGUGACACAAGUGCAAAGCAUCACGGGAUGGCAGUCAACACAGAAUCUACAGUGAUGGAGAUCUACUGUCAUACUGAUCGCUUUCGACAGCAACUGCGUUUGUUGCAAUUUGUUUGUUCCGAUGUACAGAGAGCCCACGCCAGCGCCAAAGGAUUGAAAAGAUCUCAGCUCCUUCUCAACAGACUCUACACGCUGAUAGAAGACGAUGCCGGUGACAGCGUGUUGAAGAAAUGCCUGUGCCACACAAUGCACCCCUACUUAGAGACCCUCUCGAGAUGCCUCUUCUUUGCCGAAGUCCCUGAGGAAGGGGGAGAAUUCCUCCUGAUCCACGAUCGGUCGGUUCCACAAGGCAGCGAGGAUCAUUACUCCAAAGCAUUCCAGCUCAAGUCGGAAGAUCAGUGUCCUGAUUUCUUGAAGCCCAUGAGGGAGAGAAUUCUUCGGACCGUACAGGGGCUCAGUGUCCUAAGGAAAUGCAAGCCUUCUCAUCCUCUGGCUAAGAUUUCCUUCCGGCCGCCUAUGAAGCUCUUCUACAACUGGAGCGAUGUUCUGCGAUUGACAGAGUACCAUCGGAGAUUCCAUGACGUGAUUGAAAAGGUGGCGAUAGCACAGGCUAAGAAAGAGAGGAAGAAGCUGAGAAAGCAAGCGGAACUGGCUCGACAAGGUUUCCGAAGGAAGAUUCAAGAGCUCGCGUCCACCUACAGAUCCAUCGAGCAACGGGAGGCACUCGUCCUCGAAGCUGCGCAACGUGAGAAGGAGCAGCAAAGGACAGAGUUGAGGGAUCAGGUAGAAGAGAGGAGAGCCAGGACGAGGAAGAGCGAAGCCCUGGAGAAGGAGGAGGAGGAGAAGACUGUCAAUCAGGUCGAUCGCUUCGGGGCUUCUAGUGUGGAGGAGCUAGCUGCACUUAAGGAGAGAGCAGCGCAAGCCAUUAUCGAAGAGUACUCCUUGCGGGUUGAGCGGCUGAGAGAUGAGGAGAGGAAUGCGACAUGGAGCGCGAGGAGGAAGAGACUGCAAGACAAGCGGAUUGAGCUGGCGAUCAAUGACAUGAUGAAGCUGAGGGACCAACUUUUGCGUCGACAUGAAGGCAAAAGUGAAGAGAGCAAGGAUGAACGUGGAUCGACUGCUGCACCAGACGUUGAUCUCUCUGUGCGCACCACUGCUGAGCAUCUCCCGACGGAAAGGAAAUCUUCCAACGAAGAUGUUGGGGGGAAGGAGGAGGAGGAGGAGGGGAGCAUGCGAGAGGCACAAGCUUCAAAAUCUCUUCCAGAUCAGCUGGUGGAUUCCAGCGCAACAGAAGAAGCGACUGCUGGUGAGAUGAGCAUAACGCCAUGGCUGGACCGAGUCCACUCAGUUGCAAGAGACGCCGAAGAAUUCUGUGAAGAGCUUGCUUUCCGCAGAGUUGCAGGACCAGCGACAGAUUCCGCACGCGAGGCAUCAGAGCAGGCGGCAAGGAAGAGAAUUGACUUUGGAGGGCCACAGACGGAAGAUUCUACUGGCGAUCAGUCACAGAUCUCUCUGAUGGAGCUGGAGGCUUUGCAAGAGGACUCUUCUGAUGAUGAAGAUGACCAAGAGGAUGGUGAAGGGGAGCCGAACUCUGUUGACAUGGACUCGCUGGAGUCCGGAACGAGAUCUGCAGAGCCCCUCAACUUCGAAGAGGAGGAGGGGGGGGACUACAACACCCCUAUCCCCGUGGCGAUCGAGCACUGUAUUGUUAACCCCAUCCUCCUGCAGUACAAGCAAGUCAGCAAAGAGAUUGUUCGGGUUUUCCUGGACGACCUUGAGUUGGAGCGACACCUUCGAGCGCUGCGUCGCUACUUCUUUGCCGAGGACGGGCUGUGGGCGCGAGGGCUGGCACGAGGCGUUUACUCGCAGGAUGGUUUUGUCUACGGCACUGUCCUGCAGAGCUUGCAGCACAUCCUGAAAGAGGCGCUGGUUGAGAGUCGUUUGGACUCAGACCCGUUCUCACGCAGACUGUCGUUGCACCAACAGCUGCAGGACGACAAGCACUCGCAGUCUUUCCUCUAUCUUUCGUAUGAGGUGGAAUGGCCGCUAAGCAUCAUCAUACACCGAGAGAGCUUGAUGAAGUACCAGAGGGUCCUUGGGUUGGUACUUGAGAUCCGAAGAGCGCUUGACUGCUUGUCGACUGCUUGGAAGCAAUUGAAGAAUUUGCACUCCAAACAUCACCCGCACGCCCACACGACCUGCCACGCGCUCCGGCACCAGAUGCUGCACUACGUUACCAUCAUGCAGGCGAGGGGAUACCUGCAAUCUCAGAUGAUGCACACGAGUUGGAAGGAGUUGCUUCAGGGUCUGCGGGAAAGCGAGAAGAUGCAAGAUCUGCAGGACCUGAGAGAGAAGCAUGACACUUAUCUAGCAGCGGUGACAGACAGAGCUUUGCUCAGCGAGCGCACAUCGUCAGUGUUGGAGAUCGUUCGUGCAGCUUUGUCCUCCGUCAUUGACUUCAGUCGAGCAGUGGAUAGAUUUGCAGAGCAUCCUUCAGGUCCUCUGCAUGACUUUCUGGAUGAGGUGAAGAAAAUUCAAUCGAGCUUCGAGAACAGUACCGGGUUUCUGGUGAGAUCAGAGAAGUUGUGUGGAGAUGAGAUGAGGACUGGUGAUGAGAAUGCUGACAUCGAUAAUGAUGGAGAAGACGAUGAUGUUUGUAACGCACAAGGUCAUAUAUCUCAUGCUUCAGAAGGGAAGGAGCAAACAAGCUCACUUGCAGGACUUGCUGAUUCGUCUUGA